AACUCUCGGGUCGCAAAUGCCCGCUUUCUCAAUAAAAGAAGAAGUGUGUGCCAAAUCGGAAACAGAGUAUUAUCUCUCCCAAACUCACGGAUCAACCUCUCACCUGACCGCCAUGGACGACGACGAAGAUCAUCAUCACCGCCAUGAUAAUAACAACAACAAUAGUACUUGUCAAAUCCCUUCUUUGGAUUUUCAGAGUCUUAAAGUGAUCUCUGCUCUGGGCCGCGGAGCCAAAGGAGUUGUGUUUCUUGUGAAGGACGAAAAGCGUGAUGAAACUGUAGCUCUCAAGGUAAUCUCUAAGGCCUUGAUCGAGAAGAAAGCCAAAGCUGUUGAUGGCCAAGGAAAUGAGUAUAGGAGGGUUUGUUUCGAACAACAAGUACUACGUCGUUUUCAGCAUCCGCUUUUCCCGAAAUUGCGCGGCGUUUUGAACACGGAGAAGCUCGUUGGAUACGCUAUGGAUUACUGCCCUGGCCGCGAUCUUAGUUCUCUUAGAAAGAGACAGACUGAGAAAAUGUUUUCCGACGAUGUCAUCAGAUUUUAUGCAGCGGAAUUGGUUCUUGCAUUAGAAUAUCUGCAUAAGUUGGGGAUAGUUUACAGAGAUUUGAAGCCAGAGAACAUCAUGAUCCAACAAAACGGCCACAUCAUGAUCGUCGAUUUCGAUCUCUCCACAAAACUCUCCGCCAGACUCUCUCCCAAGAAGACUCAGUCCGAUCGAGUUUCCAAAUCCGUGUCGUUGAAGAAGAAAAAGCAACGGUUCCCAUCGUUCCAUUGCUUCUGCAACUCAGGCAUUUCGCCUGACGAUUCGGCCGCCGCCACCGCUCCCGAACCACCAGUGGACUCCGUGAAAACCUAUUCGGACUCGUCGGAGAAGUCAAAUUCCUUCGUCGGAACAGAGGAGUACGUGGCACCUGAGAUCGUUUCCGGCGACGGCCACGAUUUCGCCGUUGAUUGGUGGUCCCUCGGGGUUGUUCUAUACGAAAUGCUGUACGGACACACGCCAUUCAGAGGCAGUAACAGGAAGGAAACGUUUUACCGGAUUCUAACGAAGUCGCCGGAGCUGACGGGAGAAACGACGCCGUUGAGGGACUUGAUCAGGAAGCUUCUGGAAAAAGAUCCAACACGGAGAAUCGAAGUGGAUGAAAUCAAGGGCCAUGAUUUCUUCGCAUGUGUCGACUGGGAUUCGAUAACGCAAAUCUCAAGGCCGCCGUAUAUUCCCGAUCAUGCAAACGAGUGGAGAGAAGAAAAGGAAAUUGAUGUGGAAUCGGUUAUCCGUGGCAUAUUCGGUGGCGGUGAAAAUGAAAAUAAUAAAGGAGAAAAAGAUGAUAAUAAUAAUAAUGAUAACAAUAAUGUAGUUGCCAAGGUGUGGGUCGAAGGUCUGAAUCCCAAACCCAGUGAAGAGGAUAAAUUUCGUGAAUUUUAACAAAAUUCUUUCUCAAUAUUCUUUUUUUUUUCUUUUUUUUCUUUUUUUCUAAUGAACCUAAGCCAUGUAUUAAAUAUAUAUAUAUAUAUAUGUAUAAAAUAACGUCGCCUCUUAUAACAAGUUUCCCAA